AGGAAGAAGCAAAAGAAGAAGAAGAAGAAGAAGAAGGUGCGCCUAGUUUCGAGAAAGAAGACUGAUUCAGUCAGUCAGUUGGUCGGUCGGUCGGUCGGCCGGUCGGUCGGUCGAUUGGUCGGUCGGUCGGUCGGUGCUCCGAGGGCGUGUCGAUAUUAAAAAGACAGUUCUCUCCACCCAUACUGGGGCAUCGAACCAUAGUCUGCUCCGAAUCGGCGCAGAAUCGGAGGCGGCGGACGUAGUCGGGAAGAGGCAGUGGCACGUAACGAGGAGGGCUCAUUCAGCUACAUUCAGCGACGGUGAUUUCAUGGUGGCGAACACACGGACGCACCGUUAAUAAACCAGCGCGUACGCGUGUGCGUGCACGUUGCGCGUGUAUACGUGCGAUAAUUUAGACGUGCAUAACAUCGUCCGCAUCAUUAUUCGGCGGAGCACAUGCCUUGUUAACGCCAACCGAGAUCAGGCUGUUGUGCACCGAGUGAAAAAAUCCACCAGGAGCAUUAUCGAACCGCGUCGACGGAUUAUUGGCAAAGAGAGACAAGAUUGCCGCUGAGAUAAAAAAAGUCAUGUCUGACAACGACACCGACACUUCCUGCGAGGAGGAACAAAUUGUUCCGGAUUGGGAGGUCCGGGAAGAGUGGCUCAAGAGCAUAUUGAAGCAGUACCUCAAGGAGGGUGAGGUUGACAUCGUAGAGCUUAAUGUACACCCUGAAUGCAAGUUGAACAAGAGCACACUAAGUUCUAUCACCAGAGUAAGGGUGAAGUGUAUAACAGACUUUGUAUAUGACGACUCGGGAACAGGGGGACUGGUUGAUUUUACUAGGUACAUAUUCGACCUUUUCAUAAAGCGACUUCCCCAGGAUCCGCUUAGCCGCUUUUUCGUUACAGAGAACCAAUUUGAUCUCAGAGAGAUUAAGUUUUAUACGACGGUGAAGCCGGAUUUGAAAGAAUUCAAUAAAAGGCAGCUAGCGACGUCGGGGGAAAAAAUUUUAUUACCAGUUCCAGAGUGCUAUCACACUUAUUAUAGCCCUGCAGGUGGAACUGAUGACAGCCCAGUGCCACCAGAAUCAAUGCUAGUAUUGCAAGAUUUGACCGAACCCAACUUCAAGAAAGUUGAGUUCUCGGAAGGAUUAACAUUAGAUGAAGCAAAGUCAGCAAUGUGUGCCAUUGCUUGCAUACACGCCCACUCCCUGUCGAUGGAAUUCGUAGAUAAGCUAUCUCUUCCCGAGCGUUAUCCAUUUCUUUUCCAAACGAUAAAGGCAACGGAUUCCUACCAGCAGCUAGUGGAGCGUAGUUUACCAUUAUUGACAGAUUUUUUGAAGAAUAUACCAGAAUUGGAGGUGGUCCUCAAAACUCUGCUAAUUUUGCGACCUCGCACCAAAGAUAUUAUUUCGACCCUUCUUGCUCCGGAAAGUCCACUGGCGUCAAUAACUCACACCGAUUUCUGGAGCAAUAAUUUGCUUUUCAACAUUCAAGAUAAGCAACCGGAAGUGCCCUGCUAUAUUCUCGACUGGCAGAUGGUCACUUACAGCCGGUCAACGAAUGAUCUCGCAUUGUUGUUAGUGAGUUCGGUGCCCACCGAAAUACGGCGUGAGCAUACUGAAACGCUUCUAAACACGUAUUGGUCCAAAUUGACCUGGACGUGCUCGCAACUUGGCCUAAAUAUUUCCAAGGAUUUAGGUUACACUAGAGAGGAUCUCGACAAGGACUACAGAAAGUCCCAACUGCUGGCGCUUUUACUUUGCAUCGGAUCAGUGAAUAUUGCACUCGGUAAUCCUCGUACGGAACAACGAUUGAUCGAUGUUCUCCAUGAUCUAUAUAAUGAUGGCAUACUGACGGAUGAAGCUAUUAUCGCGACAAACGAGACUGAUUCUUAAACAUCGCUGCCACAAUUAGUAUAGGCAUCGACGAAUUAAUAUUUCUGAAUUGGGACUAUAAGUGAAGAAUUUUACAAGUAAAUAGAUACUUCGAUAGUCCGUUUGUAGAACAUAAAGAUGCAAUCUUUAUGCUCUCAAUUCAAAGGAGAUUUAAGAGGAUACUAAAGCUUACGAAUUGAAUGAUGAUGACUUGCACGUGAUUUACAAUACAUACACAUGAUUUAUGAAACAUUAAUACAUCACUACAUACUACUACGUUAAUGUCGCAUGCACACAUACGAAUAAUUUUCACAUAAGCUUUUUGUAUCGAAUUAGAUGUCUAAGUCUAAAUUUUAAGAACUCGAACUUUGUUUUUUUCUACAUGUUUCAAGACUCCAAUUCUUUAAGUACGGAUUACACAGCUUUUAUAUCAAACAUUAUCAUGACUUAACAACUCUAGAGACGCCAUAUAGUCUAAAAAAUAGUAAAAAAAUUUUAAUUAAAAAAAUUUUUGUGUUUUUGACAUAAAAUCCAUACUGUAGAAAUGUAUCAAUGCGUAUAAUUUAAUUCUAACAACCUGGAAUUUCAUAGAUUUCCAAAUUUAUAAAAGUAACACAUACGAAAUUAUCACAAAAUUAUUGCAUUUAAUCGAUAAAAUAGAACGACUUUAGGAUCCUCUUAAAGCCAUCAAUAAUAUGAAGAAGAUAGUUGCAAAGAAGCACGACUCACGUCGGAAGAAUACGGUUGACUUAAAAACUGGCGCUAUCGCGUGUCUCUCUUUGCGAGAUAAUAAAACCAGAGGGACAAAAUGGGUCAAGAUCGAUAUACUUAAUGGAUACGAUAGAUGUCUCAGUUAUAUUAUUAAUGUAAACUUUGACAACCUAUCGACCAUUAUACUCCUUAAAAGAUACAGUAUAAUGGUUACAGUAUUUUAAUGAUUAUUCACGCAAGACUCGCUUGCAAUUUGAUGAAAGUCUCGAAAGCAAAAUAAUAUCGAAAGCCAAUUUUCCCCAGAAAAAGCUGCGUAAUAAAAAUAUCGAUUUCUUAAUAGACGCAGGUUCCUCUCUAAUGUGAUUUUAUCAAUUUGGUUUUCUGCUCGGAUACAAAUUGCUAAUGAAUUUUAAUGCGCUGUGCCAAGUCAUUAAAAAUCUAGAGGCAAAUAGUUGUGAUACAAUUAUUAAAACGAAAUCAACUAGAUCCAUGGUUAAUGAUAUAUAAAAUAUAUAUCAAAGUUACAGAAUAUUUUCGUGAUAUACAUGAAACAUAAAACAAUUAUACAUUCCAUUUGUCCGAAUACGUCCCGUGAUAAACUUCCGAUAAUUAUUCCAGCGAACGCACGUUUUAUUAACGAUAUAUACAAUUAUUGUACUAUCCAUUUUCUCUGUAUGAACGAUAUGAAUAAUAAAAUAUACUUCGAUGUUAUCACGAAUAGCAAACAA